CCAACGGAAACACCGGUGAAAAAGUCCUACGAGUUCGCCAUGAGAGCCUUUUUCUAUGACUUCUGUAUCCCAGAAACGAACGGGAAGCUUUCUAGAGGGUUCUUAUCUGGGCUUGAAGCUAUGGCUUAUAGACUUGGGCCUGAAUCCAAUUUGGCCAAAGCUUGCCAAGCGGUAUCAUUCUUCAGUCACGCGAAGCCGUUGAACAGGCCGCACAUGCAUGAGAGAGCAGAAGCGCUUCAUCAAGAACUAUUGGGCUCUUUGGCUCGCGCGAUAGAAGUACCUACUCUAGUGGCAUCUCUUGAGACCAGAUAUAUUGCCUUGCUACUGGGACUUUACGAAAUAUUCGCAGCCAACAAUGCCGAUCGUCGCUCACAUCAUGCCCAUGCAAAGGGCCUCUCCGCACUCCUGAAGACCGGAACUUCGCCGUUGGAUUUGCUACGCAUUAUACGUGAUGGGAAAAGGCCAGACACUAACGCACCGAAUACUCGACUGCCUAAUAAGCCUCGUGGCAUCUUCUCGGUUCCAGCUCUGAGUGAGGGGGAAGAAUGCCUUGACAACUUGAUGCUUGAUCUCGACUCUUUGCAGACAAGAUUCUCGAAUGCACUUGAAACGACCAACUUCUCUCCAGGGAUGGAUGAAGAGAUCUCAUCGCUGUACCAUCGUUUCUCCCGCUGGUCAAGUUCUCGGUGCCCAGGGUUCCGACCAAUAACAGUGACCCAUCUCAAACAACCAACAGUGAACUCUGACAUUGCGGCUGGGUGUUGGCCCGGACGUGUUGAUACAUAUUUCGAUCUUUACGUGGCUGGAGUCUGGAAUAUCGUGCGCACCUCUCAACUACGCAUCAUCGACAUGAUGGUCAAACUAUCCGACUACCAUGGUGAUAGGCAAGCAUCUUUGUACUGGAUACCUCGCGCAAAUGCGCUUGUCGAGGAUAUUAUGGCAUCGAUUCCGUAUCAUCUGACUGAUAACAUGCAUGCCUUUGUUAGCCAAUAUGAUACUGAAGAGGAAAUCACGGACAGAGGGAAGUCACUUGGGGGUUUGCUUCUUAUGCAUCCACUCUACGUGGCUUCCAGAUUACCCUUCGUUCCCGAGAAGAUGCGGAGCUACAUGAAACGAUGUUUAGAGUGGAUUGGCAUAGAGAUGGGAUUAGGUCAGGCAACACUCUUGGCUGAAGCACAUGACAUCGACAAGAGCUACCUGGAGAGCGGGUGCGUGAUAAUAUGGGCGGGUUUCUUG